AUGCGGAUGCUUCCGGUGCUUCGCGCCUCCAAUCUGGCGCCAUUUUCCUGCGCUCUUGUCCGCUUCGUUCGCUGGGCAGUCGCCGCCGCCAGCCAGCGCCGCUGUAACCCCGCGCACAGUCCGGUCGCCGGCUCCUGCCCCUUUCAAUCUGCGCCGACGCGGCGGCCGGAUCCCGGGGACUCCCCGCGCUGGGAAUCUCCCGCCAGCUGCGCGCUGCGAAUCUCCCGCCAGCUGCACGCUGCGUCCCGGCGAAGGCAGGAGCACGUGGAGCGGCUGGGUAGCCAGAGCGGCAGCUCCAGCCCAGCCCGGCGGCGAGAUGGAAGCUCCUACGCUGUGCUGGAAAGACAGACCAAAGGCUCAAAUCUGAAAAAAAUUUACUCUAAAAAGCUAAUAUUUAUAAUCCUUUUUGUUUCAGAUAUAAAACCAAAUGUGGAACUGAAAAGCACUCAAGAGCAGUCUAUGCCCACAGAAGGUUCAGAGCUUUUGAAUGACUACGAUUUAACCAAAGCUCAUGAAACAGAAAAUGUGGAUGGUACAGAAGGCCCAGCCAAUGAGGAUGAAGACAUAGGAGAUGAUUCAAUGAAAGUGAAAGAUGAAUACAGUGAAAGGGAUGAGAAUGUUUUAAAGCCAGAGCCCAUGGGAAAUGCAGAAGAGCCUGAAAUUCCUUACAGCUAUUCAAGAGAAUAUAAUGAAUAUGAAAACAUUAAGUUGGAGAGACAUGUUGUCUCAUAUGAUAGUAGCAGGCCAACCAGUGGCAAGAUGAACUGUGAUGUGUGUGGAUUAUCCUGCAUUAGCUUCAAUGUCUUAAUGGUUCAUAAGCGGAGCCAUACUGGUGAACGCCCAUUCCAGUGUAAUCAGUGUGGGGCAUCUUUUACUCAGAAAGGUAACCUCCUCCGCCACAUUAAACUGCACACAGGGGAAAAACCUUUUAAGUGUCACCUCUGCAACUACGCAUGCCAGAGAAGAGAUGCACUCACAGGUCAUCUUAGGACACAUUCUGUUGAGAAACCUUAUAAAUGUGAGUUUUGCGGAAGGAGUUACAAGCAGAGAAGUUCCCUUGAGGAGCACAAGGAGCGCUGCCGUACAUUUCUUCAGAGCACUGACCUGGGUGAGACUGCAAGUGUGGAGGCAAGACACAUCAAAGCAGAGAUGGGAAGUGAAAGAGCUCUCGUUCUGGACAGAUUAGCAAGCAAUGUGGCAAAGCGAAAAAGCUCAAUGCCUCAGAAAUUCAUUGGUGAGAAGCGCCACUGCUUUGAUGUCAGCUAUAAUCCUAGCUACAUGUACGAGAAGGAGAGCGAGAUGAUCCAGACCCGAAUGAUGGACCAGGCCAUCAAUAACGCCAUCAGCUAUCUCGGGGCCGAAGCCCUGCGCCCCUUGGUCCAGACACCACCUGCUCCCACCUCAGAAAUGGUCCCGGUUAUCAGCAGCAUGUACCCCAUAGCCCUCACCCGCGCCGAGAUGCCAAAUGGUGCCUCCCAGGAGCUGGAAAAGAAGAACAUCCACCUGCCAGAGAAGAGCCUGCCUUCUGAAAGAGGUCUGUCCCCCACCAACAGUGGCCACGACUCCACGGACACUGACAGCAACCACGAGGAACGCCAGAAUCACAUCUACCAGCAAAACCCCAUGGUCCCUCCUCGGGCCCGCAAUGGGAUGCCACUUCUGAAGGAGGGCCCCCGCUCUUAUGAACUCCUCAAGCCCCCACCCAUCUGCCCAAGAGACUCCAUCAAAGUGAUCAGCAAAGAAGGGGAGGUGACGGAUGUGUACCGGUGUGACCACUGCCGAGUCCUUUUCCUGGAUUACGUGAUGUUCACUAUUCACAUGGGUUGCCAUGGCUUUCGUGACCCUUUUGAGUGUAACAUGUGUGGAUAUCGAAGCCAUGAUCGUUAUGAGUUCUCAUCUCAUAUAGCCAGAGGAGAGCACAGAGCCAUGCUGAAGUGA